UAUAGCAUCAGCAGUUGCGAUGUGAAGAUUGUUACACUGUAAUUUCAUAAGGGCGGAGGAAAAUGUCUUAAUUUUUCAUUUAAACUGAAGGGAAGACCCUGUUUUACUAAGAGCCUGUUGAUUACUCUGAUAUACAGGGAUGUCGAGGAGGAGUCGGGAUUUUUGCACACUUGGUAAAUCAACCAACCCAUCACUGGUGUAGCUGUUAUCAUGGCAACCAGUGCGGUCCCUAGCGACAACCUCCCGACGUACAAAUUGGUGGUUGUGGGAGAUGGAGGUGUGGGAAAGAGUGCUCUUACCAUCCAAUUUUUCCAAAAGAUUUUUGUGCCAGAUUACGAUCCCACUAUUGAAGACUCCUACUUGAAACACACAGAGAUCGAUGGCCAGUGGGCUAUUUUGGAUGUUUUAGACACAGCAGGUCAAGAGGAAUUCAGUGCCAUGCGAGAGCAGUACAUGAGGACCGGUGAUGGUUUUCUCAUUGUGUUCUCUGUGACGGACAAAGCCAGUUUUGAACACGUCGACCGCUUUCACCAGCUCAUCCUACGAGUGAAAGACCGGGAAUCUUUCCCCAUGGUUUUGGUGGCUAACAAAGUGGACCUGGUGCAUCUGAGGAAAGUGACAAAUGAACAGGGCUGUGAGAUGGCCGCCAAACACAACAUUACUUACAUUGAAACAAGUGCCAAGGAUCCUCCAAUGAAUGUGGACAAAGCCUUUCAUGAACUAGUCAGAGUUAUCAGACAGCAAGUUCCAGAGCGGAGUCUGAAAAAGAAGAAAAAGACGAAGUGGCGUGGAGACAGAGCCAUGAGUUCUCACAAGCUUCACUGUGUCAUAUUGUGACUACCUCUCCUGUCGAAAUCAUCAGCAUGUGGCGACAUAAACUGCCGGAGAGGACUGACAAGAGAUCUGCACUAAUCAGUGGACCACAGACUUUAUCAAAAGAGCUGGCAUCAAGUCAGACUAUCUCUUCCUGUCUCAGGGAAGCAAAUUAGGUGAGUCAACCUAUCACUGCUGCCAGACCAAGGAGGAGCAAUCAGUACAAUGCGUCCUAUUUGAAGCACUGCCUGAAACGGCAAAAAUCACAGCCAGUCAGAACAUGUCUGAUGUUUAAUAUACUAAUAUACUAUAAAUUUCAGACCAGCGAGAUGGGGCAGAGCUACCCAGAUAGAUCUGUCCAAACCUAGAUCUUCAUUUACGCACCUACAUCAAAAUUGUUUGCAGCUUCCAAACCUUCAUAUAAUUAUGUGGAUGAUUGUUUUGCAGAGCUGUCUCAACAUUUCAGUAGUUACAACAAUUAUGAAGGGAUACUGUUGUUUAAACCUUCAAGGAAAACUAAAAUCUGCCUUACAAAUGCAUAUUUAUUGGCACGUUUGAAGAAAUAUGUAGCUAUAGUAGAAUUUGUUUAAGGAAACUUAAGUGUCAUGGAGUGUUUGAUACGUCGUCAGUAUGGCCUUUAACUGUUAAAGCACAAAAUGUACUGACAUGAUUGAAGGGCCCAUUGCACUAGCAAGACUUUUUGCACUUUCAGUAUUUACUCAUGGGCUUUGCCUUGUAAUGUUAAAGGCUCAUGUUUAUGAUUUUGUUGCACACAUACAGUACAGUACAGGUGCUCUAAGCCAUUAUUAUACAUUUUUAUAAUAGUCAAUAAGACAGAAAAUGCCCUUACUACCUGACAGAAAUCAAUGAAAUAGGUCCUGAGAAACCACGUGUCCCAGUGACAGCUCUGUUAACAGUAAAAAAAAAAAAAAAAAAAAUACAAGCAAAAAAGAGAAGUAAUCCCUGCUUUGAAUCAUUUUGCACUUUCAGAUUUGCUGAAACUGUCUUCAGAGGGAGAGGUUUGUAAAGAAGGCAUGUGACUGAAGUUAGCAAAUUAAGUGGGGGUUUUUAAGAAAUUAAUAUUUUUAUUCAGCAAGGAUGCAUAAAAUUGAUUAAAAGUGACAGUAGAGAAAUGUCUAAUAUUACAGAAAAUACAUAUUUCAAAUGCUUUUAACUGUAUAUUAUAUUUUUAUAUUAUAUUAUAUUAUAUACUAUAAUCAGUGCCGAUAAUGGUUGUGCUACUGUAAAUUAUAUAUAUAUAUAUAUAUAUAUAUAUAUAUAUAUAUAUUCGGUAGUACAACCAUUAUCAGCACUGAUUAUAAUGAGAAAUAUUUCUUGAGCACCAAAUCAGUAUAUUAGAAUGAUUUCUGAAAGAUGAUGUGACACUGAUAACUGGAGUAAAGGCUAUCAUAUGAAUAAAUUACACUUUAAAAUAUAUAUAUAAAUUUUUUACUGUAUUUUUGAUCAAAUAAAUGCACCCUUGGUGAACAUAAGUGACGACUUCUUACAGAUUCCAAACGUUUAAAUAGUAAUGUACCUUUUAUUUUUCUCCAUAUGCUGCAUGCAGCUGUGAUUGAAUGUUGCUAAGAGAGAGAAGUAUAAUUUUGCUGGAUAGAUGAGUUAUAUUUUAUGCUUGAUCAACCUUCAAUAUUCAUUACUUUGUCAAACCUCCUGUGCCUCAGUUUCUUCUGCGUUGGACCAAUUUAUGUGCCUGUGCCAGUGAGAUAAUUAAUUUCUAACCACUGGUUCCUCUAACUGUUCCCAAAGGACAAAAAAGCUGAGCCCAUCUGCUGUUAAAAGCACGAGGGGCCCUAAGCCAAAUGGCAUGUUGUAAUGUUCAAUACCGCUUUACUCUGCUCAACACAUAAAUAAAUCAAUAAAGCAGUAAGGAACCAUAUCAAAUCUUGCUGUUAUCUGUUAAAUUAGGAGUUUUUGGUUGAUUUUGUUAUUGUUGGGAAACUUCAGGUCUAA